AUGUCGGCAAAAACUCUUUACGAUAAAGUUUUUGAUGAUCAUGUGGUCCUCAAGGACACAUCAUAUUUGCUUUUCAUCGAUAGACACUUGAUUCAUGAAGUGACAUCGCCACAAGCAUUCGAAGGUAUGCAACAAGCAGGACGUACAGUGCGUCGUCCAGACUGUACUCUUGCCACUGUUGAUCACAAUAUUCCAACAAUUUCGAGAAAGAAUUUCAAAAACGUUGAUACAUUUAUUGAACAGGAUGAUUCGAGACUUCAAGUGAAGACCUUGGAAAAGAAUGUGAAGGAAUUCAACAUUCCAUACUUUGGAAUGAGGGAUGACAGGCAAGGUAUUGUCCAUGUUGUUGGACCAGAACAAGGUUUCACACUACCAGGUACCACAGUUGUGUGUGGUGACUCGCAUACAUCAACUCAUGGUGCAUUUGGUGCUCUAGCAUUUGGUAUUGGUACUUCAGAGGUUGAACAUGUCUUGGCAACACAAACAAUCAUUCAAACAAAAUCCAAGAAUAUGAGGAUAUUUGUUGACGGGUCAUUGAGUGAGGGUAUCACUUCCAAGGAUCUUGUCUUGCAUGUUAUUGGAGUCAUUGGUACUGCUGGUGGUACUGGAUGUGUUAUUGAGUUUGCAGGUAAGGCUAUUGAAGAUUUGUCCAUGGAGGCAAGAAUGUCGAUAUGUAAUAUGGCCAUUGAAGCUGGUGCUCGUGCCGGUAUGAUCAAGCCAGAUCAAACUACAUUUGACUACAUAAAGGGAAGACCAUUGGCUCCAAAAGGUGAGCAAUGGGAGAAAGCUUUAAAGUACUGGAAGACAUUGUACUCUGACCCAGGUGCAAAGUUCGAUUACGAUAUAAAGAUUGCUGCUAAAGAUAUCGUUCCCACAAUCACAUGGGGUAACUCACCUCAAGAUGCAUUGCCAAUUAGUGCCAAGGUACCAGAUCCAGCAAAUGUAAGUGAUCCAAUUAAGAAAGAAGGUAUGUUGAGAGCUUUGAAAUAUCAAGGUUUAGAACCAAAUACACCAUUGAAGGAUAUCAAGAUUGAUAAAGCUUUCAUUGGAUCGUGUACCAACUCAAGAAUAGAAGAUUUGAGGGCUGCGGCAAAAGUGGCUAAAGGUCACCACAAAGCGCCCAAUGUGAAGCAAGUUUUGGUUGUUCCAGGAUCAGGUCUUAUUAAAACACAAGCUGAAAAGGAAGGUUUGGACAAGAUUUUCGAAGCAGCUGGUUUUGAUUGGAGAGAAGCUGGAUGUUCGAUGUGUUUAGGAAUGAACCCAGAUAUUCUUGAUCCAGAAGAGAGAUGUGCUUCGACGUCGAAUAGAAAUUUCGAAGGUCGUCAAGGUGCAAGAUCAAGAACACAUUUGAUGUCACCAGCAAUGGCUGCAGCUGCAGCCAUCAAGGGUCAUUUCACUGAUAUCCGUGAAUUUGACUAUGUUGGUAAUGAUGAACCACACAUUGCUAUUAGUGAUGAUGAAAACGACGAGAAGGAAGAUAAAGAAUUACAAGAUGCAGUUUACGACCACGAAAAGGAACCCAUGAGUGAUGACGACGAUUCAUUCUCGGUUGAGGAUGAAAGGAUAAAUGAUGUUCCAGAAACUACUGGUGGGUUUGGAUUGGAAAAGUUCACCAAAUUCACCGGUAUUGCAGCUCCACUUCACAAGGCUAAUGUGGACACCGAUGCCAUUAUUCCUAAGCAAUUUUUGAAAACCAUCAAACGUACUGGUUUAAAGGAUGGUUUGUUUUAUGAGGCUAGGUUUGUCAAAUCCAAUGGUAAAGAUGUGGAAACCGACUUUAUUCUUAAUCAGGAACCAUACAGGAAAGCCGAAAUUUUGGUUGUUACUGGUGACAACUUUGGUUGUGGUUCCUCUAGAGAGCAUGCACCAUGGGCAUUGAAGGACUUUGGUAUCAAAUCAAUCAUUGCACCAUCAUUUGGUGACAUUUUCUACAACAACUCAUUCAAAAACUUUUUGCUCCCAAUUAGAUUGCCACAAGAAGUUAUUGAAUCGAAGUUGAUCCCACAUAUCGAAAACAAAUUGACCAUUGAUUUGCCAAAUCAACAAAUUAGAGAUGGUACUACUGAUGAGGUUUUGGUUGAGAAAUUUGAAGUUGAAGAGUUUAGAAAGCAUUGUUUAGUGAAUGGUUUGGAUGAUAUUGGAUUGACUUUGCAAAAAGAAAAACACAUUGUGGAAUAUGAAGCCAAGAGAAGAGACAAAUUUUCUUUUCUUGAAGGUGGAUCAAAAUUGGUGAAGCCAAUCAAAGGUUCUAAAAAGAGCAAGUUUGGUCUCAAGACUCCAGAAUGGUAA